AUCUUAAAAAUAAAGUAAACCAAAAUAUCAACAGAGAGAGAUCGAGAGAGAUAGCGAGAGAGAGAGAGUUGUGAUAGAAUAGAAGUCGGAUACUCGGGUGUGAACGUGCGCAACUCCCCCUUCCCCAUCUUCCCACCUCCCAACCGCCUUGAUUCAUCACGUUUAUCGAGGCACCCCACCCCAUCUUUAUCCUAAUUCAUCUCUGUUUCGGAUCGAAUCAAAAGAAGCAUACCCUACUUGUAACACAAUUAGGGUUUCCGAUUCUUCAGUUUUCUUGAUUUUCUUGAUAAUUUACUCUUGUUUCCUGAUUUCCCGAUCUAGGGUUUCUUGAUUUCUCCGCACAUCUUGUUCAAUUUUGCCCAUAUAAAUUCCCCCCUUUUGCCCAAUUGUGCCCACUUGUUCAAUUUUAGGGUUUGCUCGGUGUUUGUAAUUGAGGCCAAUGGUGGUUUCUGAGGGUUUGAACAACCACCCUGGUGUGACCAAGCCAUUGUCUCUUGCUGGCCCAUCUGAGGCUGACUAUGUUAGAAACAAAGAGCUGGAAAAGUUUCUCGAAGAUGCUGGAUUGCACGAGACUAUAGAAGAAGCUCUUAAGCGCCAACAGGUUCUUGCUCGUAUCCGGGAGAUUGUCAUAGUUUGGGUCAAGCAACUUACUCGCUUGCGAGGGUACACGGAUCAGAUGGUCGAAGAUGCUAAUGCUGUGAUCUUUACUUUUGGAUCUUAUCGGUUAGGGGUUCAUGGUCCUGGAGCCGACAUUGAUACACUAUGCGUAGGACCAUCUUAUGUCAAUCGUGAGGAAGACUUCUUCUUUGUUCUACAUAAUAUGUUAGAGGAGAUAGAAGAAGUUACUGAACUACAGCCAGUGCCUGAUGCUCAUGUUCCAGUCAUGAAGUUCAAGUUUGACGGAAUAUCAAUUGAUCUUCUGUAUGCCAGUGUUUCGCUAUUGGUUGUGCCAGAUGACUUGGAUAUUUCCGAUGUGUCCAUUCUAUAUAAUGUUGAUGAACCAACUGUUCGCAGUCUUAAUGGCUGCAGAGUUGCUGAUCAGAUUCUGAAGCUUGUGCCAAAUGUCGAGCAUUUUCGCACUACACUCCGCUGUUUAAAGUAUUGGGCGAAGAAGCGUGGUGUCUAUUCAAAUGUGACUGGCUUUCUCGGCGGUGUUAAUUGGGCUCUUCUUGUAGCUAGGGUUUCACAGCUGUAUCCCAAUGCCAUUCCCAGUAUGUUGGUUUCUCGUUUUUUUAGGGUCUAUACUCAGUGGCGCUGGCCAAACCCUGUAAUGCUUUGUGCGAUUGAAGAAGAUGAGCUUGGUUUUUCUAUAUGGGAUCCUCGUAGGAAUCCUCGUGACCGAACACAUCACAUGCCAAUUAUAACACCAGCUUACCCAUGCAUGAAUUCUAGCUACAAUGUUUCAACCAGUACUUUGCGUGUUAUGACGGAGCAGUUUCAGUUUGGCAAUAAGAUCUGUGAGGAGAUAGAGCUGAAUAAAUCACAGUGGAGUGCGUUGUUUGAGCCAUAUUUAUUCUUUGAAAGCUAUAAGAACUAUCUGGAGGUAGACAUUGUUGCUGCUGAUGGUGAUGACUUGCGUGCAUGGAAAGGAUGGGUUGAAUCCCGACUAAGGCAACUGACUCUGAUGAUAGAGCGAGACACGUAUGGGAAGCUGCAGUGCCAUCCGUAUCCUCACGAGUAUGCUGAUUCAUCGAAGCAGUGUUCUCAUUCUGCCUUCUUUAUGGGCUUACAGAGAAAAGAAGGUGAGGUAAUACAAGAAGGUCAGCAGUUUGAUAUACGGGGGACAGUUGACGAGUUUCGGCAUUCUGUGAAUAUGUAUGUGUUCUGGAAGCCAGGAAUGGAGAUAUCUGUCUCGCAUGUUCGUAGAAGGCAGUUACCUUCUUAUGUAUUUCCAGAGGGCUAUAAACGAAGUCGGCCACCCAGGCAGCAUCAUGAACAAUCCUCUCCGGUUCACGAAGGUUGCAGGUCUGGGUCUGUUGGAAGACAACAAAGAAAGAGAAGAGACUUUGAUUCGGUAAAUGUGCAAGGCAGUCCUGAAAAACGUCAGUGCAGUGCAAGCCCUCAGAAACGCGACUCGUUUUCUCCUGAAAUUAUUAGUCACGUGGACAGAGAUGUAUCGAAAGAAUGUACAUCACCGGAUACUCAAAGAACAGAUGAAAGGGCUGGAAUUAGUGGAACUGAUGGAACUCAAAAGGUUGAAGGCGACAGUGUGGUGGUUGUAGGACAUGUUGAGUCUGAGCAGGAUAUUAUGUCUAGAGGAGUUGUUGAUGAUGGUUGUGUUUCUAAUUCUAGUGUGGUGACCAGCAUUACAUGUGAAGUAGGCUCCUUAGUAGACACAGGUCCUGCAUCACGAAGUGGAAGCAGUGAGGGCAAUCCAGACAGUGUUGGUUGCAGCAACAGUCGGGUAUCUUCGCAGGGUGAUUCGUGUGAAGCAGACUCGGAGACACUUAUGAAUGAUGGAUGUGCAAUAGAUGGGAAAGUAUCUGAAAGUGGUUCAAAUGACGAGUUAGAGCAUGGCCCUGCCCUUCAGAGGGCAAUAGGUUCUGGUGAUAUUGCUGUUUGAGAUCUUCCCGGGGGCGAUAUUGAGGCAUGUGCAUUUGAUGUUAGAUACUCACUUGUCAGUUUAUUAUUACUAUUUAUAUCUUUAUACUGCUUUUCUUUGUUUUUUGUGGUGUGCUUUUGUAGGUCAUGUCUUAUAACUUGAACAAAGAAGUCUGAAAGAGUUACCGAAUGAGAAGUCAUUUGUGAAAGCCAGCAUUUCUGGUAAGUGAUACUUUAGCUGCUGGCUUUCAUUAAUUUUCGUUUUUCCAGGCCUGCUACUUGUGGACUGCGGAUGAAGCUGCAUGGUUCGCAGAAGCUUUGCUCGUGAUAGGAUUAAAGUUGAGGGCCUUUCUUUCUUUUUUUUUUUUUUCUUUUUUCUUCCGUUUUCUUAACUCUAGCUGGGUGGGAGGUGGUGGAGGGGUAGACUCGGGCAUCUUAUUAUGUACAGUUUUUAGCAAUAUAUGUAUCUGACUGGGCCAGAGGUGACACUCUUCUCUAGCAGAUUGUAAUUGCGAGGUAGUUAAUGGGCUGGAACUUGUUUAUAGCCCCGUGGAUAAUUUUCUAGGAGCGAAUCAUUUCCUACUUGUGUUAACUUCCUUUAGUAAUCUGGUUGCCUGUGUAAAGUUUACUGAUGUUA